AUGGAUUACUUAGCUAACUUGGGAGUUCAGCCACCACCUAUUGUUUGCGAGCUUUGUGCGGGUGCAUAUUCUUCUGAUCAGUGUGCUAUAUCUAGUGAAUCCGCCCAGUUUGUGAGCAACUUCCAGAGGUCUCAACAGCCAGCUCCUGCCACUUAUCAUCCCAAUAAUCGGAAUCAUCCGAAUUUCAGCCGGAGCAACAAUCAGAACUUCAUGCCACACCCGCAGCAAGAAUUUCAUGAUACCGAGGCUAAUCCGGGUAAGAAAGAGGUGAAGGAACAGGUACAGGCUGUCACCUUGAGGUCCGGAAAAUUUACGAAAGAAAAAGAAUCAGCAACAGAGCAAAACAAGGAAGAGAGCGAUAAACAGGUUGAAACACCUGUGCUCUCAUCUAAGUCUGAUAGUAGAAAAACUGUUGUUGACGCUGACAAGAAAGAAAUCAACGAGGAGGAAAGCCAGGAAUCAACUGAGAAGUCUAGUCCUAAAUCUGAUGAUGGGGUUAAGCAAGUAUAUCUACCCCCUCCUUUUCCGAAGAGACUUCAAAAGCAGAAGUUCGACAAACAAUUCGAAAAAUUUCUAAAGGCUUUUAAGAAGUUACAAAUCAAUAUACCUUUUGCGGAAGCUCUAGAACAGAUGCCGAGCUAUGCCAAGUUCAUGAAAGGUAUUCUUUCUCGGAAACUCAAGCUUGAGGAGUUGGAGACUGUAGCUUUGACAGAGGAGUGCAGUGCGGUGUUUGAACAGAAAUUGUCCCUGAAGCUGAAAGAUCCGAGAAGUUUCACAAUCCCAUGUACUAUUGGGCAUAAUUGUCUUUCGACAAGUGUUUGUGUGACUUGGGAGCUAGUAUCAAUCUGA